AAAAUCUAAAUAUUCAAUCAGAUGCAUUCAGAUCAAAAUAAAUCUGAAACCUCUUCUCUUCUACGUUGAUUCGAAAAUUUUAACAUAAACCCUAAAACAUCUUUCCUCUUUCUUCUUUGCGAUUCACGCUAAACUUUCAGUGAGCAACCAAAGAGAUUCCUACAGUUGCUCGCGAUACGUUGCACGGUGGUGCCACCACUGCGCUGGUGGAUUUGGUGCGAUAUCGAAAUUUUUUUGAAACUUGGAGAAAGGCAUUGGUUGCGGUCAUGCUACCUAUGGGAAGCCUGGGGUGAAGGUCCACUAGGGUUUGGUUUACUCUUCAGCUGUCGCAUAACACAGGCUUCACAAUUAUAUUUUAUCUUUGUCAAAAAUCGAACUUGAUCAUUUUCAAAGAACAAAGAAGUUUUUGAGUGAAAGCAUAACAAAGAAGAAUAGUUUGUGCCUUAGAGAACAACGCCAAAAUGUCGGUGCUGAUCGUGACGAGCUUAGGGGACCUUGUGGUCGAUUUGCACACCAACAAAUGCCCCUUGACCUGCAAAAAUUUCUUGAAGCUUUGCAAGAUUAAGUACUAUAAUGGGUGUUUAUUUCACACUGUUCAAAUUUUAACAGCUCAAACUGGCGAUCCAACUGGCACAGGAACUGGUGGUGAUUCUGUUUAUAAGUUUCUUUACGGCGAUCAAGCUCGAUUUUUCAGUGAUGAAAUUCAUAUUGAUCUUAAGCAUUCGAAAACUGGAACGGUUGCCAUGGCAAGUGCUGGGGAGAAUUUAAAUGCUUCACAGUUCUAUAUCACACUACGAGAUGACCUUGACUACCUUGAUGGCAAGCACACAGUCUUUGGUGAGGUAGCUGAAGGAUUUGAGAUUUUAACUAAAAUAAAUGAGGCUUAUGUGGACGACAAAGGAAGACCACUUAAAAAUAUAAGAAUCAAGCACACAUACAUCCUAGUGGAUCCUUACGACGAUCCUUCUGAACUAUCGGAGUUCAUUCCUGAAGCUUCUCCAGAAGGAAAACCUAAAGAUGAGGUAAUGAUUUAUUGCCACACUGUAUUGCAUUAAUUGAAAAUGCAGAAGAUUAUGCAAUUGGUUAUUUAUUAGCAUUGCAAUUGCCCUUUAUAAUAUAAAACUAUUUAUCAUGGAAAUGUGUCCAAUUGAUUCAAAAAAUGAAGCUAUUUCAUUCACCUUAUUUUUCUCAACCUAAAAUUGGGAAAAUUCAUUUGGUACUUGGGACAGACAACUUUAAUGUGUAUCUUUAUUUUGCUUUAAUUCACUUAUAGAAAUAUUACAACAAGAGGUAUCUCUGUUUUGAAUUAUUGGAAAUGCACUGGGCCUAACUCAAGGCUGGAAGAUUGCAUGAGCCAUCUAAAUACCCACCCGCCAUGCUUAAAUCUAGAGUAUUGAAAUGUGAAGUUUACAAGUUGACAUUUAUAGGUGGCCCUACGAGAAGCCUGCAUAGUGCAUGGUUUGUCAUGAACCAACUAUCACAAAAGGUUAAGUUCUUAAGUGAAGAUGUGUGGAUAUAUUUAUAUUUAUGACAUGCCCCUCACGGAAGAGCCUUUUGGGAUGGAAGUUUGAGUAAUGCUCAUACUUAAACUGAAAUUUAAUUUUAUUAAAAGAAUGGCGGGGCAGAUAUCAAAUGCACAUUUUUGUCAUACAGUGGAAAAGGUCCAAGCCUAAAUCCCCAAAGCUAACAUAAUGGAGGAGGAUUGCUUAAGCCUUGAGGAGUGUAUAGGCCAUAUUUCAAGCCAAUUCAAUACGUGAUAACAUGAAUCUUUGCCCCUUGUGAUGCUUCAUUGAAAUACUGCCUUAUUAAAAUUAAAAAAUGAAGAUUUUAGAGGUUAUAUGAUCAGUAGAAUACUUGGAAUGACAUUUAUCCUUCUGUGCUAUGUAUGGUGUGGUUGCUUUUCUUAAGCAAGGUUUUUUUACUGUUUUUUUCAUUGUUUUUCAAUGUGUUUUGUUUCCCUAACAGAAUAGAAGAGUUAAUUAGCUUAUUUUGCAUUGAUAUAUUUCUUUAAUAUAAGUGCUUUAUUUUUUUUGGUUUUGGAGAAUAUCUCUUCCUCCCAUGGUUAUCAAACUCACGAGUUAACUCAUUAACUCAGACUAGUUUACGUGUUCACUCAGUACUUCCUAGUUAACUCGGAAGCAAACUCGGUUUUUGGAGUAGAAUCGUGGGGUUGAAUGUGGAAUCGGUUGAACUCGCUAGUUUGGUUUCGAUUUGGCAAGUUCGAAGAGAAAAAGUUUUAAAUGCAAAACAACUUUGUA